AUGGCAACGGGACACGCUAACACUAGUGUCCUGGGAAGCUGGCUUUCUGACUGAGCAGGGACGAUGGCGGUGCGGAACUUGUACGGUCCUGGAGUCCGGAUGGGCAACUGGAACGAAGACGUCUUCCUGGAGGAGGAGCGCAUGAGAGACUUCCUAGAAAAGAGGGAGAAGGGAGAACUUCUUAUCCAGAGAAACAGAAGACUGAAAAAGAACCUCUUAAGACCGAUGGAGCUUUCAAUAUCCCAAGAUGGCUUUGUCCACUACGGCGAUAAAGUGAUCCUUGUGAACCCUGACCACGCCCGGGGGGAGGAGGCUGGUGUGUUUCUGGAAGGGGACAUGUGCCUGUGUGUGAGCCCGGAUGAAGUUAAAGCCCAGCUAUGCGAUGAGUUGGAAAUGCCCUGUGGCGUGAGUGCCGUCCAGACCACCGUCCCGACGGGCAGGAACACCUUCACCAUUUUGAGUGACAGCUCAGACAGGAGCGCUGUGGGCCAAGUCCUUCGAUAUGGGCAGAGCUUCUGCCUCGGAAUAGCUGCCGGCCUGGAAUGCAAGACGCUCUAUUUAUCGAGUGACCACAGGACCCUUCUGAAGUCCUCUAAGAAGUCCUGGCUCCAGGAGGUGACUCUGACCGAUGAGAGCUCUCACCUGAACUGCUGGCAGGCUACCUUCCUCGACCCCCAGCUGCGCCUGGAAUACGAAGGCUUCCCAGUCAGGGCAAAUGAAAAACUUGUCCUCUAUCAUCGCCACACAAACCGAGCCUUGGCUGCCCAUCGGCAUCUCCCCCUAAGGACCUAUUUUGGGAAGGAAGUUGAGGUUGCAGCUCACACACAUCUGGAUUCACACAGAGUUGAAAAACCCAAGAACCACUGGAUGCUGGUUACUGGGAAUCCCAGGAACACAGCGACCACCAUGCUGGACCUCCCUGCACCUCCCACAGAUGACACCCGUGCUGUGGAGCAGGCCAUGGGCAUCAGCACAUAGUGACACACCAGGCACACAUGUGACCUCUCGGGCCCUGCUCUCAGCAACUGUAGGUCUUAAAAAAGAAAUGAACAAUCUUAGUUGUGUCCCAAGCAGUUUUUCCAAUAGGCUGCAGAACUCCAGGAACACGGUAUUAAAAGAAAUAUCAUAUUAAAUGUAUUGAAUUAGUGAUGGCCUUGCUGUAGGGAGUAAAUGGUGUCUGAAAACAACAGUAUUUGAAGUUAGAUCAGCUUUUGUUGAUAUCCUAAUUGUGGCGAGCUCAGUACCCCCACUCGGAGCCCCUUGCUUAGUAGACCCUGCAAAGCCUAUGCUCCUUUCCAAAGCUGUGUUUAUGUAAUAAAGGAUGUCAGAAGUUUAUGGAUGUUUUGGCAUUGCUGUUUCUCCCCCAGUUUUCUUCCAUGUGGAACAAGGUGUGGUUCUAAGCUGUAGCUUUGCCUUGAGAUUCAAAUCCCCUACCUCUGCACCCCGAGUUCUGGGAUUACAGCCAUUGCAUCACUGUGUUCUGAAAAACAUUCUACUUUUGUUUCAGCCUCCAACCUGGGAUGUCAGGUCCCCUGCUCAACGGGGGAUCUAUGAUCUUAUAAUCACACUGCAGAAUCAAUCCCUUUACCAUUAGUGAAUUUUUGAAACUGACCGAAUCAUGAUGUCAGCCAUGGGGUAACGAAGGUCCCAGCAGUGGGGCUGGAGAGAUGGCUGAGUGGUUAAGUGUGAAUUCUGCUCGGUUCUCAGCGUCCAUGUCAGGUGGCUGACAACUUUCUGUAACUCCAGCUC